AUGGCCGUUAAUACAUCGAUCAACAACCAAGUGGUGGACGGCAAGAAUUCCAUCGACUACGAAGUCAUCAUCAUCGGCGCAGGGUUUGGGGGAGUGCGCAUGAUCUAUGACCUUCAGAAACGAGGAAUUUCAGCCAGAGUAUUCGAAGCAGGCUCAAACGUCGGCGGCACCUGGUACUGGAAUCGCUACCCCGGAGCCCGGACCGAUAGUGAAAGUUGGGUCUAUGUCCUCACAUUCCUCGAAGAGCUCGGUGUCCAGUGGAGAUGGAACGAACGGUUUCCAACACAGCCCGAAGUGGAGAGAUAUGUCAAUCGCCUUGUCGAUGAACUUGAUCUCAGGAAGCAUAUGAGUUUCAACACUCGCAUCAUAGCUGCUCAUCGUGAUGAGACGAACAACGUCUGGAAAGUGACGACUUCGAAUGGUUCUACUUACACUUGCACAUUUCUGGUCACCGCUACAGGGCCUCUGGCAACACCUCUCAAGCCGCCUUUCCCCGGCCUCGACUUGUUCAAGGGGGAAUGGUACCAGACUGGACUCUGGCCCAAGCACAAGGUCGAUUUUGCCGGGAAGAGAGUUGCGGUGGUUGGGACAGGGGCAACGGCAGUCCAAGUCAUUCCGAUAGUUGCUCACACGGCAAAGAGUCUGACCGUGUUCCAACGGACACCCAACUAUGUUCUGCCGGCAAGAAACCAUCCUCUCACCGACGACCAGGUGGCCGAACUCCAGCGGGACGGUAAGACGGUGAUUCAUCGAGCCAGAACCUCCAGUUUCGGAAUGGACAUACCCGACUCUUCACUUCGUCUCACCGACACGACUGAGGCCGAAGCACUCCGUGUUCUCGAGUACGGGUGGGAAAUCGGCGGGUUUCGCUUCAUCUUCCAGACGUUCGCCGACAUGUUAACCAACCAGGACUGCAACGAUUUAGCCGGUGAGUUUGUCCGAAACAAGAUCCGCUCCAUCGUCAGGGACAAAGACACCGCCGAUCUACUGUGCCCGAACUACCCGAUCCUCUCCAAACGGCCUCCGCUGGGACAUUACUACUACGAAGCUUUCAACCGGGACAACGUCAAGCUAGUCGACGUCAAGAACAACCCGAUCACCGAAAUCACCCCAACCGGCCUGAAAACAUCGACGACUGAAUACGACUUCGACCUGAUCAUCUUUGCCAUCGGCUUCGACGCUGUCACCGGCACGCUGGCGCAGAUAGACCUCCGCGGAAGCGAAGGGCAGGACCUCUCUAUGCAGCUCGACGAGCACAUGGCAACCGCAUACGGCAUCAUGGUCGAGAACUUUCCCAACCUGUUCAUGAUUUCAGGCCCUCAGGCACCGUUCGCCAACAUCCCUGUCAUCAUAGACAACACGGCAGACUGGAUCGGGAGGACCAUCUCCCACAUGCGCGACCGAGGGUACACCAAGAUAUCCACGAAGAAGGAGGUCGGGCGGGAGUGGAGAGACAAGGUCCACGCAGCGUUCAACGCCACCGUCUUGCCUCCUGGCGCGAAGGAGACGAAGUCAUGGUACAUCGGGGCCAAUGUGGAAGGGAAGCGCGUCGAGCCUUUGUUCUGGUUCGGUGGUGUGGCGCCGUACUUCGAGGAGUGUGAGAAGGAACUGACGGGUGGCUUUCCGGGGUUUGAGUUCUCGCGUGAUUCACAGCGGGAGGCUGUUAGAAAAGAUAACGUGAAAGAGUCGAAGUUGUGA